AUGGCAUCUGAACACACCAGCAAUUUUACUACUCCACCAGGCCGCUCAGACCCAUUGACAACCUGCAAGGAUGAAGAUUUCUCACAGAAGAAAUACUAUUUCACUGUCUUUUACAGCCUCAUCUUUGUGCUGUGCUUCCCAGGGAAUAUCGUGACAAUUUUUGUUUACUUUGCCAAGAUGAGGCCCUGGAAAAGCAGCACCAUCAUUACGUUCAACCUGGCUAUCACUGACCUAUUAUAUUUAGUCACACUUCCUUUCUCUAUACACUACACUGUUAAUGGAAAUAACUGGAUUUUCGGAGAAUUCAUGUGCAAGUUUGUUCACUUUUGUUUCAACUUCAACAUGUACAGUGGUAUUAUCUUCCUUAGCAGCUUCAGUGUCUUACGUUAUUUUGUGGUUGUCUACCCAAUUAAAUUGCUUUUUGUUAAAAAACGGAGAUGGGCAAUGGUGAUUUCUGUAGUCAUUUGGAUAAUUUCCCUGGCCACCAUCAGCCCCUUGAGCAUCUUGAUUGCCACAAGGCAUACACAGAACAGGACAAUCUGCCCAGACCUGGCUACUGCUGUGAAUCUUGAAGCUAGUCGGUGGUAUAACUGGCUGUUGACAACGUUUGCCUUCCUAUUGCCCUUGCUGGUUCUGACUCUGUGCUACACGCUCAUUAUCUACAACUUGGCCACCGGGCCCCACACACAGGCUUGUUAUAAACAGAAGGCUCGCAGACUUGCCAUUGUCCUCUUGGUGCUUUUCUAUGCGUGCUUCCUCCCCUUCCACAUCUUUCGAGGGAUUCGCCUGGAGAUCCGAGCACGACCGGUUAGCUGCCGCUUGCAUAAAUUCAUCCUUAGUAUGUAUGCAAUUGUUAAACCUUUAGCAGCAUUAAAUACCAUUGCAAACUUACUGCUCUAUGUAGUGACAGUAGACAACUUCCAGCAGGCGAUCCUCUCACUCAAGUUUUGGAGAAACAGGAACAUGAAGUAG